CAAACAAUUGACAAGAUGAAGUGGGUCACCUUUAUUUCCCUUAUUUUCCUCUUCAGCUCUGUUCAUUCCAGGGAAAUCUUCCGUCGAGAUGCACCUACGAGUGAAAUUGCCAAACGGUAUAGAGAUUUGGGUGAAGAAAAUGUGAAAGGCCUAGUUCUGAUCACAUUUGCUCAGUACCUCCAGAAAUGCCCUUUUGAAGAUCAUGUAAAAUUAGUGUCUGAGGUUGUGGAAUUCGCAAAAGGCUGCGCUGCUGAUGAAACAGCAGAAAAUUGUGGCAAAUCCCUUCACCAACUUUUAGGUGAUAAAUUAUGUAAAGUGCCAAGCCUUCGGGAAAAUUAUGGUGAAUUGGCAGACUGUUGUGCUAAGGAAGAACCUGAGAGACAUCGUUGUUUCCUGAGCCACAAAGAUGACCAUCCAAACCUCCCUAAAAUUGAAGCCCCUGAACCUGAGACUCUCUGCAAAAACUUUCAAGAGAAUGAAAACAGAGUACUGGGAUUCUACCUGUAUGAGGUUGCCAGAAGACACCCCUACUUCUAUGCCCCAGCUCUCCUUGCCUACGCUCAUCAGUAUAAGGAGGCAGUGAAAGGAUGUUGCCAGGAGGCUGACAAAGGCGCUUGCUUUGACACCAAGCUCUCUGUUUUAAGAGAUAAAGUCAUAAGUUCAGGAGCAAAACAGCGAUUCCGAUGCUCCAGUUUAGACGAGUUUGGAGCGAGAGCUGUCAAGGCUGGGCUUGUCGCUAGGCUAAGCCAGAAAUUCCCUAAGGCUGAUUUUGCUGAAAUUCAUAAAAUAGUGGAAGAUCUUGCUAAGAUUCAUACUGAAUGUUGCCAUGGUGACCUGUUGGAGUGUGCUGAUGAUAGGGUGGCUCUUUCUGAGUACCUUUGUAAUAACAGAGAGACAAUUUCCACCAAACUUGGACAAUGCUGUGAAAAGCCUCUGAUAGAGAAGAGCCAGUGCAUCACUGAUUUGGAGAAUGAUGAUAUUCCUGCAGACCUCCCUGACCUUAUUGCUGAAUAUGUAGAAACCAAGGAAGCUUGCCAAAACUACAAAGACGCAAAAGACCUCUUCUUAGCCACCUAUUUGUAUGACAAUGGAAGAAGACACCCUGAGCUUGCCGUUACCACACUGCUUAGAAUUGCCAAGGACUAUGAAAACACACUUGAGGAGUGCUGCGCCACAGCUGACCCUCCCACUUGCUAUGCUAAAGCGGCUGAACAUCGCAAAAAUUUUAUUGAUGAAAGCCAGCAUUUAAUCAAGGAAAACUGUGACCUUUUUGACAAAAUUGGAGAAUAUGGCUUCGAAAAUGCAUUGCUGGUCCGAUACACCAGGAAAGCACCUCAAGUGUCAACCCCAACAUUGCUUAACCUUGGACAUAAGUUGGCAAAAGUUGGAUCUAAAUGCUGUAAAGUCAGUGACAAAGAAAAACUGGGCUGUGCUGAGGGUUAUCUGGCCAUCGUCAUUGACAAUCUGUGCCGCCUGCAUGAGAAGACACCAGUGAGCGAGAGAAUCACCAAAUGCUGCAAGGACUCCUUGGUGAACCGCAGACCCUGCUUCAGUGGCUUGGGAGUGGAUGACACAUAUGUAGCCAAGCCGUUUUCUGCAGACACAUUCACCUUCCAUGCUGACCUAUGCACACUUCCUGAGGAAGAGAAACAGAACAAGAAACAGGGUGUACUUGUAGAACUUGUGAAACACAAGCCCAAGAUCACCGAUGACCAGCUCAAGGGUGUUGUUACUGAUUUCACUGCCUUCGUGGACAAAUGCUGCAAAGCUGAUAACCAGGAAGCUUGCUUUGCUGAAGAUGGUCCCAAACUCGUUGCUGCAGCUCAAGCUGCCUUAGCUUAAACACCAGAUGGACAAGCCAAUACUAGCAUUUCAGUUGGCCAGUGGAAGAAGACAAAGACAGAAUUUGAAGACCCUAAAUUCAUCAUCUAUUUUGUUUCUCUGUUGGUGUCAAGCUUAACAGAGUUAAGAAAACAUCAAUUUUGUCUUAAAUUUUUUUUAUCCUUCUCCAGUGUUGCAAUAAGUAAUAAAGAAAAGCAUAAACUAUAA